AUGUUGCCCAGUGACGGCACUAAGGGGGAUGAUGGGAAUUCCCAACUGCUGGAACAGAGACUACAGUGUGAAGAGGAUGGCUUUGAUGACGAAGAUGAUGAUACAAGUCAAGAUGGUCCUGAAAGAGAACAUGAUGUCAACAGUAGCCAGGCAUGCAGCCACAACCAAACCGCCUCUCUGGCUGAUUGUAACUCCACGUUUGCCGUAGGAAGCUCUCAACAUUUGUGUAAAUUACUGUUUGCCAUGAGCGUGUUCAAAUCACUGGAGAGGUUGCUCAAGUUACUCAGGGCCAUGACACCAGCACAGUUUUUCCUCCUCUUGACCGCUUGUUUAAUUAUUUGCUUGACUGUGUCAGCUGUGAUCCUGACCUACCGAAUUGCAAGGCUACAGCCUCAACUAGACUAUAAACCUCAGUCACUGCAAUACACACAGACACUCAGCGAGUGGAGUAGCUUAUGGUGGUCUCAACAAGCUGCCCACAGCCAGCUUAUCUCAAAGAUGUGGCAGACAAUUGCUGAUAACCUCAGGACUCUUGCACGGGUGCAUCAGUCGCUACAAGUACUCCAGGAUUCCGCGCCACCGUUGUUUGAUGAAGGGGUGACCUCAUCAGCAGGCAGCCAAGACGAUUGUGAUGACACGUAGUGGAGUGACCAGGGUUGGAGAUACGAUGAUGCUUAUCAUGAGUCAGCAGUAUUGUAAAAAACCAAAAAGGUUUGGGUGUUGCAGGAUACAAACAUCAAAGGAUUAACCCUAAACUCACGAGGGUGUGUCUAAAAUCAUAUUGAAAUUGGAAGAUUGAGCCCAGUUUGGGUGAAAGAGCCAUUUGCACAAUGUAAAAUCAGCUCUGAGACUUUGGGUGUAUUGUAAGCCUAAACAUUUAGCUUUGUAAAUCUGCACAUUCCCCAUUUGGGUCCGCUGCAUCACAGGGCUAAAACUACAGAUCAUUCCACACAAGUAAGAAGUAUAGUGUGGUUACUUGAAGGAUGAAGAGGUGAAACCAAAAACAGAAUCAAAUUAAAAUCAGAUAUGAAAAUAAAAAGUAUGAAACAUACAACUGAGAAUCGGAUAUCUAUGGCAAGAAUUUAUUUUUCUAUACAGUUGGAGCAGAGCAAAUGUAAAAUGCACCGAUACCUUUGUUCCGAAAAUUCGGAAGAUCAGAAAACAUGUUUUGAAAGCAAGACGGACACACUGAAAUCGUGGACCACAGCUCAUGUUCAUUUGUUUUUCUCAAUUUAUGUGAAGCCAAGCGGGCUUGCUUUUGUAUGUUUAUUUUCCUCUGUGUCAUUAAUGACGAUUUCAGAGAGAUGUUUUCAGAGCAAGUAGAUAUAGCCUUUUUCUGGAUCGAGUGUAUAUUUUACAUUUGUAUUUAUAGCGUAGAGCAGAAGUAUACAACAGAAAAAAUUUGCACAGGGUCUUAAACCUAAGGUUAUCCCCAAGAUGUGCUUUUCAAAAUGCAGUUUUAUUUCAUUUUAAUAAAUGUUUAUGAUGAAGCGGUUUUCCCCAAUCCUUGUUCAAAACUAUCCAGCAGUUUCUCCACUUCCCCAACCUUUCCUCAUCAAUGGCAACAUUUUCAAAAAUUUUCCAGCCCCCCCCAAAAAAAUACAAGGAAAUCGAGAUUAAUUUCUUCAUUUCUUGGACAUGGCUCAAUAUUUUGGAAAUUAGCAACCACGAUUUAUUAACUAAUGACGUCCUUUUUCUUAUGACACCACAAAAUCUAGUUUAGCGUCACAGGCGACGAAGCACAAAGCUGUUCAAUCAACCAUGUCAGAACUGGUCUUGCACCACAUUCACCAUGGUCUCUGACAGUUUUCAUACCUAAAAAAAGAGAAAAAAGACCAGUAUGUCCUUCACCCAAUUUUUAUUCAGUGAUUUAACAUUUGGAUGCUUAUGCCUGUCUCGACCUAACCCCAUUGUCCUUCGACAUGCCCCCCCCCAUUCCUUUUAACACAAGAUUCAGCUCCGGUUCUCAUCGCUCUCAAUGCAUUCCUGAUUACCUCUCUCCGUCCUCUUAAGGUAUCAACUGCAGCGACGAUUCUGGCUCGUAGGUCAUUGAUGUCUUGAGGUGGCGACUUGUAAACUUGGUUUUUAAGUUGUCCCCACAAAAAGAAAUCAGAGGGGUUGAGGUCAGGGAAUCUUGGUGGCCACUCAAUCUCAUGGUUGAUCGCAAUUACUCUAGUGUUGAACAUCUCUUAUAGCCUUUCCCUUACGAUGAUCCGACGAUGAGCUGGAGCCCUGUCCAGGGCCUACCAUAAGCGGCGAAACAUUCCACCGUGCUGUUCAAAGUGUUGCUAUAGCCGCGGUACAAUUUUGUCGUUGAUAAUCUCAAGGUAACAUUCACCACUGAGAUUGCCAUCAAAGAAACUGUCCAGUGAUGGUGCCAUCCCCACACAGACCUAUCCAAAGAGAAAUCUCUCUGUUCAUUUUUACAUCAAAAUUGAAGUUGAUUGGGGUAUGCAUCGGAUCGUAUUUUCAGACAUUCUGGUUAUUGACUUGGCCAUUCAUGAAAAACGCUGCUUCAUCCCAAUCACAUACUUGCGUACUUGGGUGGGACUAGAACCCACAACUUCCUGCUUAGUGCAGACGUCUUAACUACUCGACCACCGAGCCUGUAGAUAUUGGCUGGCUGGUUCAAGUCAGAUGUAGCAGUGGGUACCGCGAACAACUAUUUCCAAGGAUGGAUUUGCGCCAGGGAGAUCUUAGUUAAUUGAGUGACUGAGUAUACAGUGUUAUAAUACACGUCGAGCAGGGCAAAAAAAUCCAAAACUCUAAAAAAGUUUAACAUCUCCCCGGUGUGAAUCCAUCCUUGGACUUGGAAUAAAGGAUGAAACUUUUUGUUGUUUACUAAUAAAUAGAAAUGUUGACUUCAUUGCCUGAAGUAUUUUAAAGUAAAAUAUUGAUACUUCUUUCAGUUUUUCGUUUUAUCUUUGCUUCAUCCUGUAACGGUAAUGAGAUCACAUUAUGUGUAUUCGGAAAAUCAGGGACCAUUAUAAGUUUAUUUAAUGCUUCAAUUUGCCAAAAAGUAGGGUUUUUCAGAGUUAUUUCGUAGAGAUCUAUUCCUUCGCAAGAGGCUUAGAAUUUAUUGUGGCAUUGGAAACAUUGCACAAGCACCCGUAAGUUCCCCCCCCCCUUUAGUUAUUAUGUAUAGAUGUAGUUGAGAACGAAAUAUAUGUAUAUUUUGGCCUAGAGUAUUUUUUCACCCCGGCCCCCUUGUUUGAUGGAAACGUGUCUGAGGCUUUUGCUACACCAAAGAGUAGAGCGCCAUGAGUCGAGUCUGUAUGGAAUUGAUACGAUUUCAUCCUGGACUCGAUCGUACAACUGUGCCAUUGAUGAUCGUAUUAGUGUUGCUCUCUACUUUGUACUUCGUUAGUCAGUAAUUUGUUCAUUUAUUUUUCUCCUUUUUUAUUCUGUUGAAUCAGGAAUUUGUAACUGCAUGCUUUUUAUGCGAGGGCGCUGUUGUCAAGAACCAUUUCCCUUUAUAGCAUUGUGUUAAAUCAAUGUUGCACUGAACAACAUGAAUAUUCACUGAGCACUGUUUCUCGCGUUUUAUUUAUAUUUUAAUCAUGUGAACAAACGUAAAUAGCAACGAAAAUUGUGGGGGAAACCACACCUCUUAAAUUGAACGUUUAAGUUGACUUGCAGUGAGUGAAUCACUUAAAACAAUCAAUACCGGUAAACGACUUUGCUACAAAAGAAGGAAAGUGAAACUUGUUUGUAUAAAUUUGGUACAUACAAAAUUAUGUAUAAUGCAAUUUUAUAUUGAGAUGUAUAAGGACAAAGCUUAAAAAGAACCCCGGUUCCCAGCAGGGACGGUACAUUUGUAAAGCUCUUUGAACUGUCAGUGACCCCUUCAGCCCAUUUUCAGAAUGUCAAAAGAGACCAUUUAACAGGAUCUGUCCGUGUUAUAGCGUUGGUGUGUGCACAGAAUCUGUAUCGACAGGCAGUGGAAUAAAUGACUGUAAUUGGAAAACUCCA